AUGGCCGAAAAACAAGAGUACGCCCUGGAUGUCUACAUCCGCAUGAACCUCGACGAUGAGAAGGACUACUGUUUUGAAGUCAAGAAAACACAGACUUUCAGGGACCUGUUCCAAAUUUUCGAAACGUUGCCUUUGGCACUAUGUCCAUCCAUCUUCUACAACAGGGUUCCUAAGGGAUUCAUGGUUUCGAGAUGUCCUGGGGAGUUAACCGCCGAGGGUGGAGUUUUGUUUGGUCAUCAGGCAGAUAAACCUGAAUGGCUUACACGGGUCUCUAACGAUGAUUUGGUUGUGUCCAAGGUUUGGCCAGGUCAGUUGUUGCUUCCUAUUUGGGAAGAGAAAACUUUCCUUACCUACUCCAUUUAUGCUGCUCUUCUGACCUGGUUGUACACUGAUUUGCCGGACUUUAUUUCACCAACUCCCGGGAUUGCGUUGACUACUUGGGUGUGUAAAGGUAUCUGUUACUUGGUGGAAAAAUACCACGAUGCCGGGUUUGCUGAACAUUUACGUGGGGAAUUGCUUUCUGAAUCAGGAAAGGUUCUUCAAUGCGUCUUCUUCUUCUUCCAUGUGCUCAAGGUGCUUAUUAUUUUCGGGUCCCUGAACUUCGGCGCUGUGAAUCCAUAUUCAUUCACCGGCAAACCGCCUGCGAUCACAAAAGAAGAUCUCAUUAGGAUUGGAUGGACUGGAUCCAGAAAGGUAACAUUGGAGGCAUUCAAGGAGGAUUACAGAAAAUACCGCAUUGAGAAGGCCGGUGGCCUGAUGGCAGCCCACAAGGCUGGAAGUCUGAGUAAGCUGUCGCAGACGACUAUCACUCUGGGAGAAGGAGAAGGAUUUAACACACCGCUGGACACUAAGGGCAAGUUGACGCUUAAAGACCUUGAGGACCAAGAUAAGUUCUUCUUGACUUUGGACCUAAUCAUUGCUCAGGAAAAAUUCUUCCAUGAACAGCAUGCUGAUUUGGACGAGAUGGAGUUUGCGAAGGCCUACAAGAAGUUUAGGAACUAUGGUCCAUUCGAGACGUCGCCUCAAAUCAAGAAAAUUGUCGAAAAGCGGUUUGAAAAGGACAUUAAACCAAGUUUAAAGGAGUAG